GGAAAGGAUGUACAUCGCUCAAGUUGCAGCAAGUUCCCAAUCUCACCUUUCUUUACAAUGAGCAUCGAGGCUCGGCCAACCUUCGCGAGCUCAUCGUCGGUGAUUCGGCUCUAGACAAGUACGAUGUCCUCAUCACUUAUAUCGAUCUCACUUUCGACUCGGAGUUUCAGCCAGAUCUAUCGGCAGUCCGAAAUGCUAUGCAGCCAAAAAUCUAAAAUGGUAUCGAUUACUGCCCUGCAUAGUCCAACCGGAACCGUCAUCUCUCGGGAAACCCUGGAUCAAUUCGUUACCCUAACGAAGGACAGGGACUGCUUGCUUCUGGUCGAUGAGACAUAUCGAGACAUUACAUACUCCACUCCGUUUCUGAUUGCCGCCACUCUAGGGGAUCACGUCAUCAGUGUUUGUUCGCUCUCAAAUCUGCAUGGCCCGCCUGGCAUCCGAAUCGGAUGGUUGGUUACCAAGAGCUCCGGGCUUCAGGAGACAUUCCUGGCGGCCAAAGAGCAAACCUCGGUUAGCGGUAGCGUACUUGACGAGUGAGUCGGGGAACAGGUAUUACAACAAAAGGACGAGAUCCUGGGCUCAGCAAAUGCUGAGAUGAGCAAGCGUCUCAAUAUUGUGGAGAGUUGAAUUAAGAAUGGGGAUCUACUUGAAUGGGUCUGUCCCGAGGGAGGAGUGGUAUGCUUUCCCCACAUAGAACAGGAACCCAGAGGAACGGACGCUUUCUACCAGCGGUUGUUGCUCGGGCAUGGCACCCUGGCCCGGCUGGAAGACGGUCUCGCCG